CCUAUUUAAACAAAAUAAUGUCAUGAGUGAUUGCCUUAUAAAACUACACCUAAGUAUUUACCCAGAAUUGUUGAUUUAACGACAUUGUGAUUCUAUCAGUUGCCAGAUAAAAUUUAAUGUUUUUAUUGAAAUCUUCUGAAUAACUCGUGUACCAGGCUAAAUAGUAAAUAUUACAGUCAGUGUGGGUUCGGGUGCACGCGGCUCGCGUUCUUAUAAAAAAUCAAACAAAAUAUGUAUGUGCUUAGGGCUUAGCAAAAUCACUCAGAUAGCGCAAACAAUCAUUUAUAGGCAUGCAUAAUCAGGAAAAAUUAAACAUAACUGCUUCGAACGGCAAUAACAACUAUGGAGCCGUCACCGGGAGAACCAACAGGUUACCAAGCAGUUCAUCACCAAGAAGGAUUAUUUAUUGUGUUCAUGGUAAACCGAGUGAUGGAUGUUGUAAAGUUUUGGAAGGGGAGGUGAUUGAUGUUGAACAGCCAGCUGAAGAACUUAAUACUAUUACCAGAGAAAAUACGGAUACCACUGACUUAGUAAAUAAACAUUGCCACAUUUCCAAAGUGCCAGAAGUAGACAGAAUAGCAAGAAAGAAGCUCAUCAUAGCCAGUGUCUUAUGUGUAGUAUUUAUGAUAGCAGAAGUCAUAGGUGGCUAUUUAUCAAAUAGUUUAGCAAUAGCAUCAGAUGCAGCUCACUUGCUAACCGAUUUUGCCAGUUUCAUGAUCUCUUUAUUUUCCCUUUAUAUGGCAAACAGACCAAAAACCAAAAAAAUGUCCUUUGGAUGGUACAGAGCCGAGGUUAUAGGGGCUUUAACAUCAGUUUUAAUGAUCUGGGUCGUAACUGGAGUUCUUGUAUAUAUGGCAGUCCAGAGAAUUAUACAUGAGGAUUUUGAAAUUGAUGCUCCCAUUAUGCUUAUCACUUCUGCCAUUGGAGUUGCUGUUAAUAUUAUUAUGGGGGUGUCACUACAUCAACACGGCCAUAGCCAUGGAGGUGGCAGUCAUUCACACGACAAAAGUUCCAAACAGAAUAUAAAUGUACGAGCUGCAUUUAUACAUGUUAUCGGGGAUUUUCUUCAAAGUGCUGGGGUCCUAGUUGCAGCUAUUGCUAUAUAUUUUAAGCCUCAAUGGGUAAUAGUAGAUCCCAUAAUGACGUUCGUCUUCUCAGUAUUUGUCCUAAUAACCACCUUUGCAAUUAUAAAGGACGCACUGAUGGUACUUAUGGAAGCUCUGCCUAAAGGCAUAGACUUCGAGGAUGUUAUGAAAAUUCUCACUAAUAUUGAAGGGGUGAAGAGAGUUCACAAUUUGAGAAUAUGGGCACUUAGUUUGGAUAAAAUUGCUAUGUCUGCACAUGUGGCUAUUCGUCCAGGAAUAAAUCCUCAAACCAUCUUAAUGGUAGCCACCAAAAAUAUCCAUGAUAAAUACAACUUCUUCGAAAUGACGUUGCAAAUCGAAGAAUUUGAGGAUUUCAUGGAAGACUGUAAACAGUGUCAAAACCCUUAGUCGUUCUUAAGUUUAUUUUCUACCAAUAAUAGUAUCAACGCCAAUAAAGACAAAAACAUUUUAUAUUAAUUGCAUAUUUUGAAUUUAUUUACUUGUAAUUCAAGGUUCUUAUAUAACUUCUCUCAGUUAGGUAAUUAUAUACCAUGAUUUUUAAUUUAAAAAAAUACAUAAUGUAAUUAUGGAUAUUACUAAUAAUAACUUAUGCAAGAGUUUAAUGACGUUAGUUAAAAUGUAAAAAUAGUGAGAAAAACAUAUGCAUUAAAUAUUUAAUUUAUAUUCUAAAUAUACUACUUUAAGUCAUAUACAUAUUUUUAAGCCAAUCCUUGUAAAAGUUUUUAUUGGUAUUUAUGAAAGUGUAAAAAUAACUAAUUUACGUUAGAAUUUAUUAGUUGCCUAUUUUAAUUCUCGCAUUAUAUUGGCGAACUAAGGAUUUUUAUUGCAAUAAUAAAAAAACCCUUUAAGGGCAUUAAAGGUGGACUGUUUUAACACUCUGCUAUUUCAGCUGAUUGAAAGCUAUAUAGAGAUCAAGUUUUAUAUAAUUUAUUAAGGUUUUUCAAAUAGUUUUCCGUUAUUGUUUUUAUUUUGAGCAUUGUAUUAAGAAAUUAAUUUUUAUUUGUGGAACUCUUUUAAGAAAUAAAACCAUAUAUUUAUAACA